CUAUAAAUCUUCAAAAAAGCCGCCAUGACAGUUCCAAGAGCAUCUCAAUUUUGCUGUCUAUCAUUAAAAUUCGUGAACCAAGUUUGGGUUUGGGUUCAUUUUGUAUUACUGGUUUUUGCAUAUUUAACGACAAUAUCGAUUGGAGCUAUUCGCCUUCUUAAACUUAAUUAUGAUGAUUAUACAACAGCAAAAGAUGAAAUAUUACGAAUUAUUGAGAAGGAGAUUAAAGUUGAAAUUAAUGAGAAGUGCUACCUCAGAGAAUCCUACCAAACCCAACAAGGAAUCUUAAACCUAAACCCAAAGCUAUGUCAUCUGCCAAUUAAGUCCUUACGACGCUCACUUAACGAAUAUCUUUACAGCUCAAAAUUGGGUUGCUCUCUUCACAAUUCUGAUGGUCCUCAUAAUGAUUUGCCAUUACCACCUCAAUGGCAUCAAAAAGUCCUGAUUAGACUUCAAUGUGAAGUAGUUGCAGUUCUUAAAAUGAUGAAGUUUGCAGCCAUUCCAAGCAUUAAUUGCUUUGAUAUUAAGAAAAUUAGUAUAAUUUUAUGUUGGAUUGACUUUAUCGCUAGUAUUCUCGGCGUUGUUGCUGCAGCGGCUUUUGGAUUUGUCGGAAUAAUUAUAGUAAAUGAUGAGCAGCAAAAGCACUUGAUUGCUGACUAUAUUUCACAAUAUUUGACAGUUAAUAGUGAUGUCAUAUGCAUCAAAAUUAAAGCAACCUCAAUACUACAGCUUACGACAAGUCCAACUGAUAAUGCUGAUAAUUUGGAAUUCCCCUUUCAUUUUGUAGCUAGAAUUCAGACAGAUCGUCGUGUAUUUAUAAUUAUUUUUGAAGGUAUCCACAAAAUGGCACCAAAGAUCAAAAUCGUGUCUGGCUGUUUCGACUUAAAGAAUGGAAAUCUGUUUUGGAGCUACUUUGUUGUUCUUUUUGAAGUAAGUUUGAUAAUCACACGACUGAGGACGUCAGAACCAACAAAGGCAAAAGCGCUUGCUCUAAUUCCAGCUUUGUCUGAAUAUGAGGAUUAUUUUAACAAACCAAUUUGGAUCAAACCAUACAUGACCCUCCAGCUCCUCAGUGGAUUUAUCUUCCUUUUCAUCUCACUUUUGUACCUCUUCAGCUUCCUUCUCAUCAUCGGCCACAGAGUUGGAGAUCUGAUGUGCUUUUACACGACUGUUUACUUCAUAGAAUCAGCAUUCAGCUUUUACAUGUUCAUCUGUGUUUAUUCACUGUACAAGGAAAUGACAAAGGGAGAUGAGAAUAAACCAAAUGAAGUGAUGUACUUGAAGGAUAAUGACGUUCAGGUUUUGUCUGUUAAUUAUCAAUAGAACUGAUUAGAAGUGUGAAUUUAUGUGAUUGAAACUUAAUGAAUGGAAUCUCAAUGUAAAUGGACUGGAUAAUAAAAGGUUGUAAUUAUUUUUUUGAAUCAUUGGCUGUUUUACUGGUUUA